UGGUAUUAAAAAAAAACAAAUUUAUGGCCGUGCCUUCGCGUGUGUGUCCGUAAAAUUAUUUUUAUAUUCAGUUUUAAUUAUAGAUUUAUUUAAUUUAUCCAUUCUAAGAUUAGUAGGUAAGGUGAGCGAACGAUCACCGACAGCGUUACCGCUCUACGUACACGGAAACAUGUGUUUCGACGUUCACAUUUCAGUUUGACACUAUCACAAAAAUACAUGUCAACAAAUUACUAUUAUCUCGUAAAGUUGCGUGAUUGUGAUUGCCCAGUGAUACGGACGGUGGAAACAUAGAUGCGUGGCGUCGAACCGGACUGCAAGCUGUCGAGUGGCCGGCCGGAGUGAUGUGGGAUCGCAACAGAUUGCGGGCAUAAUGUGGGGUGAUUGGUAACGCACACAUCGGAUAUCCUGUGUCUCAGUGACGUCCCAGCUUUCAGUAUGGCGAAUCCAGGGAUCGGGGUCUCCUUUGACCAAUCUGACAUGUCCAGCUGGUACUUCGGAGGCCUGUCUCGGGCCGAGGCCACCAAGCUGCUGCUCAGUGAGGCUGAGAGUGGAGUGUUCCUCGUGAGGGACUCUAGGACCAUACACGGGGACUAUGUGCUGUGUGUCAGGGAAGACGAGCGCGUAUCCCACUACAUAAUCAACCGGGUAGUCUCGGCCGACGGCAGCAGCCGCUUCCGCAUCGGGGACCAGCUGUUCGCGGACAUGCCGGCGCUGCUGUCGUUCUACCGGCUGCAUUAUCUCGACACCACGCCGCUGGUCCGGCCGCUGGCGAAGGUGGCGCCGCCGCUGAAUCAACCGGCUACGGUGUUGGAGGUGGUGCAUGCGAAGUUUGAUUUUGAUGGGAAUGACCCCGACGACUUGCCCUUCCGCCGCGGCGAGCGCCUCAUGGUGAUCAACCGCGACGAGGAGCAGUGGUGGACGGCGCGCAACGAGCGCGGCCGCGUGGGCUCCAUCCCCGUGCCUUAUGUGCAGAGGGUGCUAGACCCGUCGGGAGUGCCGUACCCGCCGGGCGAGGCGCUCAGCCAACUGGCAGACAAGCACCCGCCCAAGACUACCAACAUGCAGCGUACACUCCCAGCGUUGGCCCGCGUGCGACAGACGCGCGUACCCAAUGCGUACGACAAGACCGCGCUCAAACUGGAGGAAGGAGAUAUUAUCAAGGUGACAAAAAUGAACAUAAAUGGACAGUGGGAGGGCGAGCUGAACGGCAAAAUAGGACACUUCCCCUUCACAUACGUGGAGUUUCUGGACGAGACCCCGAGCAGCUAGGCCGAGCACCCUGUAUAGUGCGUCGCGGUGCGCGGCACAACCUGUAUCAUAGUGAAUAAAUAUUAUAUACCCUGUGUAUAAAAAUGGACUCUUUCAAUGACUUUUUUCGGUUUAUUAUGGGCUUUUUUAACGGACUAAAGUGGAUUUUCUACGUGUAAUGGACUGGACAGCUGAAUGGACAACUCAUAAGUGUUUUUUUGAGAUUCUAGUGAGAAUAUGGAUGUAGGGCUGAAUCCAAUUGUGACAAAGCACAAAGUCAUUGCCAACUUCAGGAACUAUUAAGUUGUUUUUACCUAACUGUAUCAAGGAUGCAUAAAUCUGAAAUAUUGUAUGAAUAUUUUUCUGAAUAUUUCUGGGAUGCGAGGCUUAGUUUGAUCUUUACUCUAUCACUGAGAUUACUAACAUUUUAUUUAUUAUUGGAGCUAAAUUGAUAAUUAUUGAUUGUAUUUUGUUUUAUUCAAGCACUUAUAUUCAUGAAAUCGAAUCGUAAAACAUGUCAUCGGAUUUAUAUUUAUACAUAACUAUUUCUGUCUAUCUCCGCUCUGUAAUGAUAACUAAGUAACAUACAUCGAAUGUAUUGACUGUAUAUUGUUAUAAAAUUUUGUACCAUAUUUCGUUGUUGCGAAAUGAAACCUUAGUACUAUUAUGUAUUGAUGUUACGUUUUUGUACGUUUCACAUAAUACUUUAGCGUGGAAAUGUAUAUAAAAAACAGAGCUUACGUUUGGAAGUAAGAAAAAUUUUAAUAGCUGACUAAUUACAACAAGGAACGAUCGCAGAUAUUAUAAAAAAGGGAAGGGAGAGGACACUUGGCAUUUUUUAGUGCUUUAUACAUAAAUGUAUAACUAUUCUCUAUUUUAUAGUGAAGGCCUUCCCCAGUACAGUUUGAAAGUGACAUUUUACAAUCAUACUGAGACGGUUGAAUGGCGCAGUGGUUAGAGACUGACUUGUACCGACGACGGUUCCAGGUUCGAUUCUCAAUUCCCGGGUGGGACAAAUAUAUUUGCUCGGGUCUUCAUGUGCACAAAGGAUUGGUUGUCUAUGCUUUUAUGUAUUUCAAUGCAUCUCAUUGGACGCCAUUUAUUCAGAAUAAGCAAAUACUAAUAAGUAUUGGAAUUGAGAAAUGCAACAAAUAUUUCCUUAAAUCAUGGAAUUGCAACUACAUUAAAUUUUAUAUUCAUUAUUAACCGUCUUACGUAGAUUAGAGGGCAACCGAUGGGUUCAAAUGUUUUUACAUAUUAUUAAAUAAUAGCUUUUUGAAAUUAUUGUACUGUAGGGUCAUAGAUUUCUAUUUAGAUUACUGUCUGUACAUUAUAAUUGUUUUGUCAUCAUUUUAGCUUUGAGCAUAGUUGAAUAUUCUUGACCUUAAAAAUACUAUUAUUUAUCAGUAUCAUUGUCAUAUCUACGAUACUAAGGUACAAAAAGUUACAUACAAGCUUAUAACAAUACAUUUAGGUUUUUAGGAGCGGUGGUGGCGUAAUGGAUAAGGCCUCGUCCUCUCAAGAGGCCGUGGGUUCAUAUCCUGGCCUGUACCAAUGAAUUAGAACUACAAUACAAUACAAUUACAAUACCAAUUCUUUCAACUGUGUUUUCAAUUAAGGCGUUUAAGUACCACGUGCUCUUACGGUGAUGGAAAACAUCGUGAGGAAACCUGCACAUCUAGAUUCUAGACGUGUAUCCUAAGUGCAUUGUACUUAUUCCAAAACGGCGAUAUGGUUCGCAACCUAUCACGUGAGUACAAAUGUGCUGCGAAAAGUGGGUGGCUCGCUUGUGAGCCACCUCUGACUACCCCUACAGAAUCUUAAAUUUGAUAGUCUUAGUUGAAGGCUAGCACCCCGUGCUAGGCCUUCUAAUACAAGUAUCGCAUAGUUGUCUAUGACCCUACAAAGGUUAUACGAAAUAUUUCUUCCAAAUAUGAUAGUCAAUAUUUUUAUAUAUUUGCUGGUGCAAGGAAAAGUAUUUAGUUUAGUAUUAGUAGUACGCCGCUGGGGUCAAAUGCGCAUACCUAAAAAUAAGUAUAAAUAAAUACAAACACCAAAUGUAUGACAAUGUUGUUAGGUACUUACAAGAUGUCUGGUUAAUAAAAUAUCAUCAAUGAAUGAUCUGUUCUUGGUAAGCUUUAGUAAAGAUUACAACUUCUUUGAAGCUUCUACAGUUAUAAUUAACAAAAUGCAAGUAGAGUCAGCAAAAGUUAUAAGCUUUCUCAAAGACAAAAUUGCUCAUGCUACUGAUCAUUUAUUAAUAUGAGUGAUUGUUUUUUUUUACUUCUUACUAGCCACGAGUGACCAAGGUUAAAGUGUUUUUCAAGGCUUAUAACUUUUGCUGUCCGUAUAUCAUCAUAAUCCUUGGCGGCCAGUAAGCAAAAGUAUUCAUUGAUUAUUAUGAUUAAAAUUUUGCUCCUAACGAGAAUUAUAAAAUUCGAGGAAUCGCAUACCAAAUGUUAUAUCAUCAUCAUGUAUAGAAAAUCAUUAUUUUGAGAUUAUUGUGUCAUAUUAUAAUGUAUGUAUUGUACACUUUUUAAGUCAUUUAUAAAUCAAAUUUUGUCUAAUGUUUUUAUUAAGUUAUGUGUAUCGAUUUAGUAAUAAAUCUAAGAUAUAAUACUUAA